GGGCGGAUCCCCGCUGGGCCAAGGGUCUGAAAGGGAGCCAAUCGGGCAGCCGCGGCUGCUGCCAAUCACGCGGCUCUCUCCAAUCCCACCCGUGCCAUUUCCAAAAUCUCGGUCCCACUGUGCAGCUGAAAUGUGGUGUUCACUCUGCCAAUCGCUGGAGGACAGAGUGGGAACAGGAAUAAGCAGAGUUAGGAGGCCAGGACAAAGAAGUUAAAGAGCCCCUUAUAUAUACAUGUUUUUGGAGGCGGGCAGAAGGGGGAAAAAAGUCCCCUCAGUGAGGGUCUAUGUGUCUGAUUGUGUGGUUCUGAUGGAGCCCCCUUUGAACAAGAGGAACCCGCCAGCGCUGAGAUUAGCGGAUUUGGCAACGGCUCAGGCCAGGCCUCUUCAGAAUAUGUCAGGCUUCCCAGAGCUGGCCAGCCCGCCCGCCCACUCCCAACUUCGCGCCAUAGCCACGCAUCUCCGCCCUCGGGACCUGGGCGCUGACCUCGGCGUGGCCAUCAUUCCGCUCGGACCCGAGCACAUGGCCCAGGCGAGCGCACUCCGCCUCAGCCCUCCCUCCCAGGCGCUCCCGGCACAGCCUGAGGCUCCCGCAGUCGCCGCCCGCGCUGCAGCCUCAGUCGCACACCCCGGAGCCGGCACCUAUCCUGGCGGCGGGGGCAGCAGCAGCGUGCUGCCCUCCGCGCCACCGCCCCCAGCCCCUCCUCUUCCUCCCUCCCCUUCACCCCCUUCCCCUCCCCCUCCUCCUCCUCCUCCUGCCCUCUCGGGCUACACCACCACCAACAGUGGCGGCGGCGGCAGCAGCGGCAAAGGCCACAGCAGGGACUUCGUCCUCCGGAGGGACCUUUCCGCCACGGCCCCCGCGGCGGCCAUGCACGGGGCCCCGCUCGGAGGGGAGCAGCGGUCUGGCACCGGCUCCCCCCAGCACCCGGCCCCGCCUCCCCAUUCGGCCGGCAUGUUCAUCUCUGCCAGCGGCACCUACGCGGGCCCGGACGGCAGCGGUAGUGGGGGUCCGGCGCUCUUCCCUGCGCUGCACGACAUGCCGGGAACCCCCGGCGGCCACCCUCACCCGCUCAACGGCCAGAUGCGCCUGGGGUUGGCGGCAGCGGCGGCUGCCGCGGCAGCUGAGUUGUACGGUCGCGCCGAGCCGCCCUUCGCGCCUCGCUCGGGCGAAGCGCACUACGGGGCGGUGGCGGCCGCUGCAGCUGCCGCCCUGCACAGCUACGGAGCCGUGAACUUAAACCUGAACCUGGCGGCGGCGGCGGCUGCUGCUGCAGCAGCUGGGCCCGGACCCCACCUGCAGCACCACGCGCCGCCCCCGGCGCCGCCACCGCCGCCCGCGCCCGCGCAGCACCCGCACCAGCACCACCCCCACCUUCCAGGGGCGGCUGGGGCCUUCCUGCGCUACAUGCGGCAGCCAAUCAAGCAGGAGCUCAUCUGCAAGUGGAUCGACCCGGAGGAGCUGGCCCGGCCGCCGCCGCCGCAGCCGCCACCGCCCCCGGCCGGCGGCGCCAAGCCCUGCUCCAAAACUUUCGGCACCAUGCACGAGCUAGUGAACCACGUCACGGUGGAGCACGUGGGCGGCCCCGAGCAAAGCAGCCACAUCUGCUUCUGGGAGGACUGUCCGCGCGAGGGCAAGCCCUUUAAGGCCAAAUACAAGCUCAUCAACCACAUCCGCGUGCACACGGGCGAGAAGCCCUUUCCCUGCCCAUUCCCGGGCUGUGGCAAGGUCUUCGCUCGCUCCGAGAACCUCAAAAUCCACAAGCGCACUCAUACAGGGGAAAAGCCUUUCAAAUGUGAAUUUGAUGGCUGUGACAGGAAGUUUGCCAACAGCAGUGAUAGAAAGAAACAUUCCCAUGUCCACACCAGCGACAAGCCCUACUACUGCAAGAUUCGAGGCUGUGACAAAUCUUACACUCACCCGAGCUCUCUGAGGAAACACAUGAAGAUUCAUUGCAAGUCCCCACCUCCUUCUCCAGGAGCCCUCGGUUAUUCAUCAGUGGGGACUCCAGUAGGUGCCCCCUUGUCCCCUGUGCUGGAUCCAACCAAGAGUCGCUCUGGUACUCUAUCCCCUCAGGUGACCAACCUCAAUGAGUGGUACGUUUGCCAGGCCAGUGGGGCCCCCAGCCACCUCCACACACCUUCCAGCAAUGGAACCACUUCUGAGUCUGAAGAUGAGGAGAUGUAUGGGAACUCUGAAGUUGUGCGGACGAUACAUUAGAAUUUAUUAAUAAUAAGUAAAAUAAUAAGUGGGAGUCCUUGGACCAUAUCCUAACCUGAGACAAUGCCGAGCCUGAGAAUAUCUAUGACUCAGACUUGCCACCAGGUCUAAUUAGCCCUAUUUAUUUAGUAUGAAACCCUAUGGUGUUUGUACAUUUAAUUAAUUUAAUUA